AUUUAUUUAUCUUACGCUCGAAAUUGUUGACUCAGUUUUGUAUGCUACAUGAACUAAUGCUUAUACCAACGCCUCUAUUCAGAAAUUGGAAUUCGACCAGAAUUAAUAGUAGUUUUUUUGUAUUUAUAAACAUGUUCUUGCAAGACGUUGCAUCAUGUAUUGUAAUUAUCGCAGUAACUUGUGUGGUUAGUGGUAAAAGUUUAUUAUGCGAUACUUGCACAUGUAAAAAUUCCAUAAUAAACUGUACAGACAAUGGAUUGAUAGACAUUCUAGAUCUAUGGGACUAUUCAGAUGUCUUAAAGAAUGCAACCCUCAUGCAUUUUGAUAAUAAUGGCAUUGUACAUGUAAAACAAUUGCCACCGUCUAAAGUUAGAUACUUAUCACUUCGAAAAAACAAGAUAAACAAAAUAGAUGAAAAGGCAUUUAUAAACUUAAAGUCACUCUUAGAGCUUGACCUUAGUUACAAUUCUUUGACGGCGGAAAGUCUAAAUCCCGAUAUUUUCAAGAUUAAUAACGAAGAUACUUCUAGACCGGGUAGCCUGAUCCAUUUACGUCUUGAUUACAAUAAUAUUCAUUCACUGUUACCGCACACUUUCAAAGAACUCAGUAACCUUGCUUCAUUGACACUAGCAGGAAAUCCUUUAACAGUCAUUGACCGAGCAACUAGUUUUGCACUAUCUUCGUUACCCAUGUUAAAAGUAUUAAAUUUGUCUAAUACAUCUUUACACGAGUUGCCGGAUCAUCUUUUACACACACCUCGAUUUUUAGAAAUAUUAAAUUUGUCAAAUAAUGAAUUUACACAAAUUCCACAAGGACUAAAUGAAGUACAUGCGUUACAGAGAUUAGAUUUUAGUUCUAAUCCGAUAAAAAGUAUCUUAAAUUUCCCAAAAAUGGCAUCAUUAAAAGUGCUUCAUUUAUCGCACAUGCCUGAACUAAAUAAUAUCGGACCACGUGCUUUCAGUCUUUUGACUGUUCUUGAAGAGUUUCGUUGUACGCAUAAUAAUAAACUCAAAUCUAUAGACCCGACUGCGUUUAGCUACAAAUUAAAUAAUGGAUUAGAAGGCGAAAUGUGGCCUCAAAUAGUCAAAUUAGAUUUGAGUUACAACGCUUUAGGAUACUUAGAUAGCCGUUUGUUGAGUAGAUGGGACACUUUGGAAGAAUUGAACUUACAAGGCAACAAGUGGAUAUGUGAUUGUGUAAAUCAAUGGCUCGUGUCUACUUUGGCUCCAAUGGCAGAAUCAAGACAUCCAGAAUUUCUAAAUGAUUUCACUUGUCAAGAGCCAAUCGAAAUGAGUGGAAUUUCGAUUCUUGAUCUGGAUCAUCGCCAUUACCAUAUGCGGUGUUUGGAUUUCUACAAUAAUCGCCCCGAAAGAGAUGGAGUAUUGUUAAUUGGAAUAUUAAUUGGUGUUAUAUUGGCGGUACCAUUUACAAUGGGAAUUAUGAUGUGUUGUGCAAAACAAAAAAGUACGCUGUCAUACUAUCACAGGAUAUUUAAUCAAAACAAAUCGCUUUAUGCACAUGACUAUCAACUCAGGGAAACGUCAAUCUAUCAGCCAACAUCAAUAAUAACCGAAGGAUAUUAACUUAAGAACUUGUAUUUUUUUUUAAUAAUUGUUAUUAUCUAUUAACGGAUAAGGGUUUUAUAUAAUGCUAAAAAUAGUAUUUGUGUAUAGGUAAUAUUUAAUAGAACGAAGCAUAGAAUAAAUUAUGUAUUAAUU